CGCGCUCUACAAAGUGCUGGAGCACUAAAUCGGUCUGAUAUGCACUGAAUAUCUACGGUCGCGAGUCGGUGUCGUCAAGUGGAAAUAACGUUUUUUUUUUGUCUGAAAAUUCGCAACUUUGAUUAAAAUGGAUCAUCUUUAUAGGGGUAGGAGAUUCAUUCUUUCUAAAAGAACCAGUGAGCUGAUAGCACUACUGGCUCUUUCUACAACACUGUUCCUCUACAUUCAUACCAGAGAUUUGAAUACAAAACUUAAGGAGAUGGAAAUCAGAAUUCAACCUGUCAGCAUGAUAUCAUCAAAUCAAUUAGUUUUAAGCGAUAGUGGCCCUCCAGCCUAUACAGGUGUUAAAGCAACAAUGAAAUUAUUAGAAAGUACAGGACAGAUGUCUACAUUAGAACCGUCGCUUCUAAAUAACACAAAAAAAGCUAAAAUUAAUUUGAUAUUCUUCAAUCGAGUCCCAAAAGUUGGAUCGCAAACAUUAAUGGAGCUCAUGAGAAGACUAAGCAUGCGAAAUAAUUUUGGAUUCCAUCAAGACCGAGUUCAAAGAGUAGAAACUAUCAGGUUAUCACCAGAGGAUCAAGCUAUUUUAGCUGCGCUGGUUUCAAGUUAUGAUCCACCCGGAGUUUAUAUAAAACACGUUUGCUUUACGAACGUUUCCAGUUUUGGUCUACCAGAGCCUAUUUAUAUUAACCUCGUUAGAGAUCCGGUGGAACGAGUCAUAUCUUGGUAUUACUACGUUCGAGCUCCUUGGUAUUAUGUAGAAAGAAAAAUUGCAUUUCCGGAUAUUCCGUUACCAGAUCCUAAAUGGCUCAAAAAAGAUUUUGAAGACUGUGUUUUGUCUGAAGACAGAGAGUGUCGAUAUCUAAAAGGAGAAAUCAGAGAAGGAAUCGGUGACCACAGAAGACAGUCUAUGUUUUUUUGCGGCCAUCAUCCAGAAUGUUUACCUUUCAAUACAGAAGGUGCACUGGAAAGAGCUAAAAGGGCUGUGGAACGAAAUUACGCUGUUGUAGGGGUGUUGGAAGAACUAAACACUACGCUGACGGUUUUGGAAAAUUAUGUGCCCAGGUUUUUUAAGGGAGCUUCAAAGAUUUAUUGGGACGAAAUAAGCAGAUAUUAUCCAAUAAACAAAAACAAUUUCAAACCAACUGUAAGCGAAGAAGUAAAAAAUAUUGUUCGAAAAAACUUUACGAAAGAAAUCGAGUUUUACGAAUUUUGCAAACAAAGAUUACAUAAACAGUAUUUAGCCUUAAAAUUACCCGAACUGAUUACAUAGACGUAUAGUUAAAGCUUAGUUAAUUACCUAGCAAUUUGGGGCAGAGUUGGACUGUGUACAUAUUGAAAUAAUGUUUAAUAUUUCUAUUUCUGUUUUUAUCCAAAUGAAGGUAAAAUCUCAAACUAGAAAGGUACAUAUUAUUGAUUCAUUUUUAAAAAAAUAAAGCAGCGAUUAAAACUGAUGACGUAUCUCAUGAAUAUGAAUGAAGCCUUUUGGUAACGUGUUCUUGUAGAAUUUUUAUUAGUUAUGUUAUUAUUGUAGUCUCUAUUUGUAAUUUAUUUAAACUAUAUUAAGAGGAUACCUUAAAUACAAAAAUAUUUAGCCAUUUUUUUUUUUUAGAAACAAUUCGAGAAAUCAACAGGUUUUGUUG